UCAGCCAGCCCUUAUUUCUUCCCUGGGCCAUGCGAAUCUGAGGAUUGGGGUCUGACUCCCAGAGAGGUCCAGGAAGCUUCAGUUGAAUUGCCCUCGUCGCCGCCCCUUGGCAUCACCCCACACCCUUUGGGAUCACCUAUGUAGGGGAUGACAACAGUGACCUAGACCCCGCUUACUCUGGGCUCAUCAGAUGAGGAAGGCAGCCAACCAAAUGUGUGGAUUUGCUGGAGAAACGGGUCCAAGAUGUAUAAUUCCUAGUGUGAUAAAAAGAGCUGGGCUGCCUAAGCCUGUCAGAGUUGUUCAAUAUAAUAUCAAUACAGAAGAAUUGUAUUCCUACCUAAAGGAAUUCAUCCACAUACUAUAUUUCAGGCAUCUACUGGUGAAUCCCAGAGACCGCCGAGUUGUGAUUAUCGAGUCGGUAUUAUGUCCUUCUCACUUCAGAGAGACACUCACUCGUGUUCUUUUCAAAUAUUUUGAGGUUCCAUCUGUAUUGCUUGCUCCAAGUCAUCUAAUGGCUCUUCUGACGCUUGGAAUUAAUUCUGCCAUGGUCCUAGAUUGUGGAUAUAGGGAAAGCCUGGUGUUACCCAUAUAUGAAGGAAUCCCAGUUCUAAAUUGUUGGGGAGCACUACCCCUAGGAGGAAAAGCUCUUCACAAAGAGUUGGAAACUCAACUGUUAGAACAAUGUACUGUUGACACAAGUGCUGCUAAAGAACAGAGCCUUCCCUCAGUGAUGGGUUCAGUUCCAGAAGGUAUCUUAGAGGACAUUAAAGUGCGUACUUGCUUUGUAAGUGAUCUGAAGCGAGGACUAAAAAUCCAAGCAGCUAAAUUUAAUAUUGAUGGGAAUAAUGAGCGUCCCUCACCACCCCCAAAUAUUGACUAUCCAUUAGAUGGAGAGAAGAUUUUACAUGUCCUUGGAUCAAUCAGAGAUUCGGUUGUGGAAAUUCUUUUUGAACAAGAUAAUGAAGAGAAAUCAGUUGCCACUUUAAUAUUGGAUUCCCUUAUACAGUGUCCGAUAGACACCAGGAAGCAACUAGCAGAGAAUUUGGUAGUCAUAGGUGGCACUUCUAUGUUGCCAGGAUUUCUCCACAGAUUGCUUGCAGAAAUACGGUAUUUGGUAGAAAAACCAAAAUAUAAAAAAGUACUUGGCACUAAGACAUUUCGAAUUCAUACUCCACCUGCAAAAGCUAACUGUGUGGCCUGGUUGGGAGGGGCUAUUUUUGGAGCAUUACAAGAUAUACUUGGGAGCCGUUCUGUUUCAAAGGAAUAUUAUAAUCAGACGGGCCGUAUACCUGAUUGGUGUUCUCUCAAUAACCCACCUUUGGAAAUGAUGUUUGAUGUCGGGAAAACUCAACCACCUCUGAUGAAGAGAGCGUUUUCCACUGAGAAAUAGAAGUUUGAUUAAAAAUCAACCUUGCUUUAUUUCAAAUGCUUAAUCAAUUAUAAGCAAAUUGUACAAAGUAUGUAGGAUGUUUUGUUAUAGAGGACUAUAGUGGAAGUGAAAGCAUUGCUGUGUUUACUGUUUGCAUUAGUAUUUAAUUCUUUUGACUUUGUUUCCUUGUGUAGUGGUAAAAUGGUAGCUGGUGCUUAUUGAGAUUUGUUGUAUUUAUAUCAAUAAAGUACAGUAAAGCAGAUUUUG